AGUGGUGCAGCAGCUGCACGUGGUGGAGGAGCAGCAGAAACACAGUGCCAGUAGUAGUCGCAGUAGUAGUAGCAGCAGUAGUACUCGCGCGCUCAGCCCCUCUCUACACUUGUGCACCGUGCACGUCUCGAUGCUGUCACCGUGCACUGUGCUGAAUUGUCGCGCGGAGGGACACGCACUUUUUGAAUGCGCGCGCACAGAGCCGCUGUGAGAAUGAGUCCCGCGUAACGCUCGGGUAUUGUUGUCUCUCACCCCCUCUUCUUCCUCCUCUCUCUCUUCUCUUCCCUCCUCUCCUCUUCCUCCUCAUCCCGCGCGCUCUCUCCCUCUCUCUCUCUCUCCUCAGCCGAGUCGUUGCACUUAAAGUAUGGUAGAUAAAGGCCCCUUGUUGACUUCUGCCAUUAUUUUUUACCUGUCCAUUGGGGCGGCCAUUUUUCAAGUCCUGGAGGAGCCCAAUUGGAAGCUGGCUGCAAGGCAGUAUAGUUCCGAAAAGGAUAAAAUACUGGAGCAGUAUCCGUGUCUGACGAAAGAUGACUUGGACAGAAUACUUGAGGUGGUGUCCGAUGCUGCAGGCCAGGGGGUCACUAUAACGGGCAGCAAGUUUUUCAACAAUUGGAAUUGGCCAAAUGCUGUCAUCUUUGCUGCCACAGUCAUCACCACGAUCGGAUAUGGCAACAUUGCCCCCAAAACGUCAGCAGGCCGUGUAUUUUGCAUCUUCUAUGGGCUGUUCGGUGUGCCGCUGUGUCUCACCUGGAUCAGUGAGCUGGGAAAGUUCUUUGGUGGCAGAGCCAAGCACUUGGGCCAGUACCUGACCAAGAAAGGGUUUUCACUGAGAAAGGCUCAGUUUACCUGCACAGCCAUUUUCCUCCUCUGGGGCGUGCUGGUCCAUUUAGUGCUUCCACCUUUUGUGUUUAUGUCCCAGGAGGGUUGGACAUACAUUGAAGGCUUGUACUUCUCUUUUGUCACCUUGACUACAAUCGGCUUUGGAGACCUAGUAGCAGGUGUGGAACCAAAUAAAGAAUACCCAACUCUGUACCGUUACUUUGUGGAGGUGUGGAUUUAUCUUGGGUUGGCCUGGCUGUCUUUGUUCUUCAACUGGAAAGUGCGGAUGGUCAUCGAAGCUCACAAGGCACUGAAGAAACGCCGUAAGCUGCGCAAGCUCUCUUUAGACGAGCUCCGUCACUACAAAGAGUCUCACAAGGCCGCCCUUCGUCUGCCACCCACUCCCAACGAUGUCAACAUCUUCAGCUUUCUGUCCAAGAAGCAGGAAGGCUACAACGACCUGAUAAAACAGAUCGGCAGCAAGAAAAAGGACAGAAUUUCUGGCAGUGUCGGUAACGCCAUUGAUAAAUCCAAAGACAUCAACCGCUCCAAGAGUUGCAAUGAUGCUCCCAUGUAUAACACCAUCCUCAGUCUGGACCGUUCGCCUCGACAGAAGAGACGCUACAGUUUCAGUGACCGCGUCACCGUUGCCUUUUCAAAGUCCAAGAACUACCUCCUGGGCUCAGACAACGGUUUGCUGCUAACAGAAGAUCAGGUGGAGGGCGACCUAGAGCUGGACCAGGACCAAAUGUACGAGAACCAACUUGAUAAGGACGUCGAUAUUGAGAAACGAGGAGUGGGAGAAUGUGGAACGGGUGGUCGAAGGACGUGGGACUCAAAAGAGUACCACCCCCUGACGUUCCAAAAUGCAAACAUUACUUUUAUUGACGAGGAGAAUUUCCUCAGCAAUAACCUGGAGGAGGAGGAGGAGGAGGAGGGCGAUGAUGAUGGUGAUGGUGAUUCCAAAGCAAAACUAUCGAUCACGACAUGUGACGAAAACAUUGAAACGAAUUCCAAGGAGGAGCAUAGCUCUGAAUCCGAAGGCUCCGUGUUCACUAGUGACGGUUCAGAACACAGCCACUCGUACGAGACACUUGUAGAGGAAUAUGCAAAGGAAGAAAAUGUAGACUCUUAAAACUUAAGUCAACACAACGUACUGUUCAUCUGUCGUUGACUAGUUUGGCAUUGAAGUAUAUGAAUUCUAAUGUGAGCCAUUUGAAUGGAUAUCAGAUGUCCCAUUGCAACUUCAGGGGGUCUGAUAAUGACACUGCCAAGAUCAAAUUUCAAAUCGAUGAUUUCUUGAAUAUUCACGUCAUAUUGCCUGAUUGUUUUUUUUUUAAGUUGAGCUUCCUGUAAACUCUUGAACAACUGAUGUCUAACAUCUUCAUUACAGAACACGACAUGUAAUCCCAUGAGUAUUAACCAUCUGCUCUAUUUCUGUGUUUUAUACAGUUUGAGAAAUGAUACGCUACACAUUUUAGUGCUAUUGACCACCAGUGCUUUUUUUUUUUUUUUUUUUACUCAAUGGCUGAUAAGGAAUUAUAUGUGGAAAUGUAUUUUUUUUCCCGUAGUUUCUUAAAUACAUAUUCACCAUAUUGGUGUUUUUAAUAUUUAUUCAAAUGAAGGACAAUGUAGCUUUUUAUUUAAAAGAGAAAAAUCGACAUGGGUUUAUAUGUCUCCGAUUGCACAAUUCCACCAAAAAAGGACGGUUCAAUGUCCACUCCAUUACAGAUUGUCUUAAAACCUGAGCCAAACAUUUGUCCUUGAAGUAAAUGUUCUAGAAUGGUUAAUGUGCCAAUCCCCAUUUUUUUCCCUUUGAGAUUUAUUUGUAUUUAGUGAAGUCCUUGAUAACUUGUUGUGUCUGUGAUUGCUGUUUUUUGACUGUAUGGGACAGAUUUGUGACUGCACUAGAGGUCAUCAGUUAUGCGAAGGUCACAUGUGAGGAAAAUUAGAAACUCAUCAUUUCAUUAAGUUUUAUGGUUAAAUCUGAAUGAUUCCACCAGAAACAUGGUUUAAACUGAGGUUUUGUUUUUUCUUUCUUCUUUCCAAACUUGUCGACAUACUUUGCACUCUCGUUUGCUGAUUGUCAAAUCUGUAGCGUCUAGCUUCUUUUACCACGGUAGUGCACGAUGUCAAUGAAAUGACAAUAUUCCCCCUUCUCUCCCUCUCUCUCUCUAGCACCCUUUCAUUUCAUUGUGUUUGCCAUGUAAACGUUGGCUGGAAGCCCAUCGAUGGGUGGCCACAAACACAGCUCAGCUGGCCUUGCUACUUGUUUGCCUUCGGGGGGCUCACACUGGCAUGUAUGACUGAAGUGCCGCCCACGACUGGUAGCCAAGGUUAACCUGUAACCGAUCAAUGGUCCUUUUGACGUACGUUUUGUCAUAAGACAACAUCGGCAGUAUUGGCGCUGUCAAUUAUUGUAUUACCCUUUUUCGUUUCGCGUGAAUACAACUGUACUCUCAACACACCAAAAUCGAACGUCCGUUGCAUUUCAGUCUUUUUUUCAGACCCUGCUAACCCACUGCCUUUUUUGCGCGUAAUAAACUUGCACACAAUAACUUUUUAACAUUGUUACUUUGAAUGGCAGUGAGGCAGUGUCAGACAAGGACACGCUGAAUUUUAACCAGUUUCCUCAUUCAUACCAGAUUCAGUUGGAAUUUAUAUUCUAAAUAUAUUCCAAUAUUUGUAGAUUUCUGUAAACAUGUGGCACCGUUUUGACUCCUAACUCUGCCUAAAGUCCACUGCAUAGCAGAGGACAUGAAGUACAAUAAAACAUCUGUUGAAUGUACUUUGCAGUGACUCACUGAAGAGGUGUAAUCUUUCACGCUCAGUGUUUUUCUUUCGCCUCUCCCUUCUCUUUGUGUAUUUCAUUACAGGGACAUCUUUAUUUUUGUGGUUUCCAUUUCCCCCCUUUUCAUUUCAGUUUUUUCUGGAUGUCUCAGUGCUGCAUUGGGAUGCAGCCACGGUACUUUAUCUGGACUGAAAGCAUGUCUCUAGAUCAUUGACUAAGAACAGGUUAGGCUGGUUUAACCCAUUGUCCCUAGUUGUGUUGUUUUCUUGUUAAUGUUGCUCCAUUGUGUAAAAACUCCACUAUAGUUGUGUUUUUUAUGAUUAAAUUAUUCAUGUUUGUAUAUUAAUUCCAAACAAAACUGUAUAUUUCAUGUAAAAUAAACGUUUAAUAAAACUUGAUUUUGUGAUCAUUG